UCCUAUAUAAGUGCUUCUAAGCCAAUCUUUAGGUUUUUACCUCUACAUUUUUCUAAGCCGUCGCAGCACCAGCAGCAGCUCAAGAUGGGGAGAAGGCCAGCAAGGUGUUACCGUCAGAUCAAGAACAAACCUUACCCUAAGUCAAGGUUUUGUCGUGGUGUGCCAGAUCCCAAGAUCAGGAUCUACGAUGUCGGCAUGAAGAAGAAAGGUGUGGACGAGUUCCCCUUCUGCGUCCAUCUCGUCAGUUGGGAGAAAGAAAACGUCUCCAGUGAAGCACUCGAGGCUGCCCGUAUUGCCUGUAACAAGUACAUGACUAAGUUUGCAGGAAAGGAUGCUUUCCAUUUGCGUGUUAGGGUUCACCCCUUCCACGUCCUUCGUAUCAACAAGAUGUUGUCGUGUGCUGGAGCUGAUAGGCUUCAAACUGGUAUGCGUGGUGCUUUUGGUAAGCCACAAGGUGUCUGUGCUAGGGUUGCCAUUGGUCAAGUCUUGUUGUCUGUUCGUUGCAAGGAUUCCAACAGCCAUAAUGCUCAGGAAGCUCUUCGUCGUGCUAAGUUCAAGUUCCCUGGUCGUCAAAAGAUCAUUGUCAGCCGAAAGUGGGGUUUUACCAAGUAUAACCGAACUGACUAUCUGAAGUGGAAAUCUGAGAACCGCAUUGUUGCAGAUGGUGUUAAUGCAAAGCUGCUUGGUUGCCAUGGAAGACUCUCUGCAAGGAAACCUGGACAGGCAUUUAUAGAUGCAGUCGCAUAAGAUGAAUACAGAUGGUUUUGUCUUUGAUUCAGAAGCUGAGAAGAUGGAAAUUGAUUUUGUUUUUGAUUCAGAACUCUUUAUCGACAAUUUGUUAUGCUUACUUUUGUGUUUCAGCUCUUGACUGUUUGCUUUAUCAUGGAUAUUUUAAGUUUCUUUUUAUGAAUUUUAUUAAUAGUCUUGGGUUUCAA